AUGGAAGUGGAUAAUAUACCUAGAAAUAUUAUUGAAGCUGUCUUUUCAAAUAAAAAAUUACUCUCGAAAAUAAUUUCAUAUUUUAAUGGAAUAAAAGAUGCUUAUAAUUUAUCACAAAAAGUAAAUUUUUACAAAAAAAUAUUUCGAGGGAAUUUAAUUUUUGAUCAUGGACAUGGUGAUAUUGAAAAAGCAUUUCAAUGUAUUAGAGAAAAAUAUGAACCAUGGCGUAUAAUGAAUAGACCUGGGGAAAUUUUAACAUUGAAAAGUAUCACUAUUUAUCAAUUUAUACUUUAUGAUAAAACAUUAUUAUUAGCAAAGGAAGAAAAUAUGUCAAAAUUUCGUAAUUUUAUUGAAAAAUUUUUUAAAGCUAAUAAACCUUGUUGUUUAAAAAUUGAAGGUUGGGAUAUGUUUGGUAAAAAAGAAAAUAAAGAAAGAUAUAAAAUUUGUUUAAUAAUUGAUCAGGGAAUUGAAGGUAUACAUAAAAUAAAUGUCAGAGUAAGUUCACCUCAUCAUAAAAUUGCUGUUGGAUUGAUGAAAGAAUUUACAAAGUGGCCUGAUACAUGCUGUUUUUAUUAUCUAGAUGAUGCUUUUAUAAAACAUUUAGGUGAUCCAAUUCCUAAUAUUUUUACCGAACAUCUUUAUAAUACUGAUAUUGAUAUCGCAACAGGUGACCAAAAACAUGGAGUUGUUUAUGGUGUUAAUUCAAAAAAAUUUCGUGAAGCUUUCAAAAUUAAUGAUAUUGAAUUUAAAGAUUUUCAAGCAUUAAUUCUUGGAGCACCAUGUAAUAGACUUCGCCAAUCACUAGAAAGAAUGGAAAUUAUAUUUCAUGGGUAUCCUACAAAAUUUGUUGAUUUAAUGGAAAAAUUAUCAAAAUAUAAAUAUACUGAAUUAAAAUCACUUGAAAUUUGUUAUCGUUUGGAUGGCCCUUUUACAGAGUAUGAUAUUAAUAUUUUAAAAGAAAAAUCCCGACCUUUUAUUGAAAGAUUUUUUAAAGAUGGUAAACUUGUAGAUAUUACAGUAAAUGUUAUACAUAAAAAUGAUAUGAAAAUUGAUGAGUAUAAAAGAACAUUAGCUGUUAUUGUAAGUAGAUAUCUACCAUCAACUGUUCUUCAAUUACGAUUAGUGGGAUUUGGUAAUAAUAUUCAUUCAAAAUUAAUAGAACGCUUUAUUAAACGUGCCUCAAAUCUUCAAUUUAUUAUAUUGAAUGAUAAUUUAAAUAGAAUAAAUGGCAAAGAAAGAUUUGAACCGAUAAUUGAUGGAUUUGACAAUAACUAUAUACCACAAAUUGCUUUAACUGAUUUAAUACUACAAAAAUUUAAUAUCAUUACACUAGACAUUGAUAAAAAAAAUGUUACUUUAUUUAGCAGAUAUGCUCUUCAUGCUUCAUCAUACCGUGCAGCAUAUCAAGAAGCUUUUAGUUAUAAUCAUCCUAAUUUGUAA